GUCACACACAACAAGCAAAACCACUGUGCCGCCUAGCUUCCAUGUAAACCCCGCAAACGCUUCAAGGCAAGACGCAGUGGCAGGCGGUAGUUUGUCGUGCAAAAACAAUGGAAGUACAACUUGAACAACCAGACGAAGACCUCACAUUUAGUAAUACGGAUGCUAAUGGUAAGCGGCCAGCUGAGGACAUGGACGAGGAGCACGCCUUCAAACGCUCUCGCAACGCAGACGAGAUGUUGGAACUGCGUGUGCUGCUCCAGAGCAAAAAUGCCGGCGCCGUUAUCGGAAAGGGCGGCAAGAACAUAAAGGCCCUGCGCACCGACUACAAUGCCAGUGUAUCAGUCCCAGACAGCAGUGGCCCAGAGCGGAUCCUGAGUGUGAACGCCAACAUUGACACCAUUGGAGAGAUUCUACUGAAGAUUAUACCGACUUUAGAGGAGUACCAGCAUUACAGCGGCAUCGACUUUGACUGUGAGCUCCGCCUGCUGAUCCAUCAGAGCUUGGCCGGCGGCAUCAUCGGCGUGAAAGGUACCAAGAUUAAGGAGCUGCGCGAGAAUACGCAGACCACCAUCAAGCUGUUCCAGGAGUGCUGUCCACACUCAACUGACAGAGUUGUUUUAGUGGGAGGGAAACCAGAGCGAGUCAUUGAAUGUAUCAAAGUUAUCCUGGAAUUGGUGUCAGAGGCAACAAUCAAAGGCCGAGCGCAGCCCUACGACCCAAACUUCUACGACGAAACCUACGACUAUGGCGGGUUCACCGUGAUGUUUGAAGAGCGGGGCAGGCGGCCCAUGGCGGGCUUCCCCAUACGCGUACGAGGCGGCUUUGAACGCAUGCCACCCGUGCGCAGCAGCCGACCCCCGCCUCCCUCCAGACGGGAUUAUGACGACCUGAGCCCCCGCCGGGGUCCCCCACCGCCGCUGAGCAGAGGUCGUGUGGGCAGCAGAGCCCGGAACCUGCCUCUCCCCCCGCCGCCACCACGAGGAGGGGGCGAUCGGUUCUCACACGGGAGCUACCAUGAUGACAGACCAAGUGACAGAAGAAGCCGAGGAGGUGACCGCUACGACAGCAUGAGUGGAGGUGGUUAUGGCUCUUACAAGUGUGAAGAGAAAUUGAACCACUGGAAAACACUCAACCUUAACUCUCUUGUUGUGGCUUACUUUGGAGAAAGCAUCACCAAAACAACAACAGAAAACAACAAUUCCUGGGAUCACUUUCAUUCUGGUGGCCGAGGCUCAUACAGCGACAUUGGAGGUCCUGUCAUCACAACGCAGGUCACCAUUCCCAAAGAUCUUGCCGGCUCCAUCAUUGGCAAGGGCGGCCAACGAAUCAAGCAGAUCCGCCACGAGUCCGGGGCGUCCAUCAAGAUCGAUGAGCCUCUAGAAGGCUCGGAGGACCGCAUCAUUACCAUCAUAGGAACGCAAGACCAAAUCCAGAAUGCUCAAUACCUGCUGCAGAACAGUGUGAAGCAGUACUCUGGUCGGUUCUUCUAGGAAGGAGUAAAGCAGCGUGAAGCCAUGCCGUACGUACGUACCGUUCACUCCUUCAGUUCAGAGCCGACAUUCCUCUUCUGCGAAUGGAUCGCAGUCUCUCGUCACAGCUUCUACAGUAUUGAUAGCACUUCUGGAAAAUCAAGGAGCCUGUAACGUUUGAUUAUUUUUCAGGACGUUCUCAUUCGUGACACCAUUUGAAGUGAAAUCAUUUUUUGGUGUCGGCCUGUGUUGCAGUGCAGCAUGUAGAACGUAAGCCUUUUUUAUUUUUAUUUUUCCAGCUUCACACUCUCCAAAGGAUGUUGUUUGGUUUUCGGGGUGGUUAAGAACCAUUUAAAUAAAAACUAGAAAACAUUUUUCACUUAGUAACAUUUUCACAGUUGGAGAGAGUGUGUAUUUUAUGGUAAAAUGGGCUCCAUGCUGCUUUUUUUUUUUUUUUUUUUUUUACAUCUGCACAGUACAUUUGUCGCAAAUAUCGUGGUGGUCAGUUGGUUUAGCACAGAGACCGGAAACCGCUAGUUUAGCUUAUGUCAAUCGCAAAAGUAGUUGGACUGCGCAUCAAAACAACUUAUUAAAAUGGCUUGUUCACCAUCUCUUGGCUACAGCUAACAUUUUAACAUCAUUCUUUAAAAGACUGUUCUCCAAGUAUGACACUCUUUGCUUUAAUGUUCAAUGAAUGUGCCAGUUUGAUAUUUCAAGAGAUUUUUUAGAGAUGUUUUUCAUAGAGAAGCGAGAAAGCUGUACGUGUGUGUGUGUGUGUGUAUUUACAAAGACACCGUUUCAUCAAGUUUUUCUUGUCAUGGAAGGAGAUUUCAUCAAAAAAAAAAUGUUUGAUACUGUUCUUUUUGGUUUGUUUUUUAGUGAUCGUUCAUUGUAUUUCUGCAUUGGGUGUUUGUUAUUUUGACGACCUGUAACCAUUUUUAAAAUGUCCGUAUCUGUUUGAUAUCCUGCAGGUGUUGGCUAAAUAAACGGUUUUGCACCCAG